GCGACGGAGAGCGCGAGUUAUGACAAUAAUUUGAAAUUCGAACACAAUUUUAAAACCAUUCGCGUUCUGAAAUGAAAUUUUGACGUAGCGAACGUUGAACGGAAUUCGAUUUUUGUAAAAAUAUAUUGUUGAACUGACUGAUUCGACCCUUGCGUGUGUGUGUGCUACGUACAACAGAAUGUGGUUAACCUGGCGCACAUGGUUGGUCGCGGCAAGCGUGUGCGCGUGCGCAGCGCAACGCAUCGACCAGGAGCCAGUGCUGUCGCCGCGCCAGUCGCGCGUGCGGGACCGCGAUCUGAAGCCUGAUGAACCAACCUGCGACCAGCUAAAAGCUAUGUGGAGGUUCUCAAAGAGGCAGGCGAGAGCUCCGGAAAUCAUGAACGAGGUAAACUCCUACCGCGACCCCCUACUGUAUAACGAAUGGCCGGUGUACACUGCGAUGCCCCGACCUGCCCCGAGGUUCAGAUAUCAAUACCCGCCAAUGCCCCGCGAAGCCUACGGUCGCGUUAUCACUAAAGCGCCCCCUAACGCUGUCCGCACCCCUGACUACGGCGAAAUGUUCGGAAUGCUAAAUGUACCUCAUACUUCUGGAAAGAUCCUUCGGUUUCCUGGACCCUCGCGACCUCGUGGUGGAUCUACCUUCAUGGUACCCCCACAACGGGAUAGGUUCGAGGCCCUUAAGAAGUUGAUAAGGCAGGAGCACAUCCGCGAACUCCAGAGGAAAUAUGAAACCGAACAAAAGCAAGAGAUUAAAGAGAUUGCCGCCGGUCGAGGCAAUGACGAUUACGCUUAUGGGGUGUAUGGGGAGCAAGAACCACGCGGCCUGCAACCCAUCGAGUACCCAGCUGACGAUCCAGCCAGACACACUAAAGGAAAACCUUCCGGAGGCAGGAGCCAGGUGUCCCAGUUCUCCCGCUACUCCGACGUGAUGCUGCCGCCGGCGCGCCGCACCCUGUACCGCCCCUACCACCCCUACAUGGAGUACGCGCUCCCAGAAUUCAUCCCCUACUACUGAAGCACCUCCCCCUCGCUGAGGAUCGACACAUUCCAGGGGACACUCUCCCAUGUACAAUUUCUCAGGCUUUAAACCCAAAUAUCAGUAUUACCAUAUCUACUAUCUACACCAUAUCGCUUAUGCUUGGGACGCGAGCUUUUGCAUUAUUUUUAUAUUUGUGAAACUGAAUUUUGACUUAGAUGCGAUUUUAUCUUGAAAAAUAUUUUUAUAGUGUAAGAUUAGUAUCUUUUAGGACUUCCAGACGACAACAAUUCCUUUUUGAUUGAUUAACAUGUACACUAUCAAUUACUCUCGCCGUCGGUUAGUCGGCGAUGACAAUAAUUUAAUCGUAUUUAGAGUUUUACAAUCGAUGUUUACUAGAUUAAGAAAUAAAAUGUUUGUUAGAAUAAUUAAAUUAUUGGCCCGCGCACGGGUCGCUGUUUGAAGCUUGCUUACUGUCUCAUCGUGUGAUUUCAACUUGUUGGAAUUUUUCCACGGGGUUUAGUCUGAGCCCGACGACUUCGUGGAAUUCCAUUUCCACGCCAAUUAUUACACAAAAUGUUAAGUUUGUGUAUUUGUUUGAUAUAAGACAUGAUAUUUUCGUUAAAUAGAACGUUAAUGUAGGUAUAUUCUAGUCAAAUCUGGUCAAUAAUUUCGAAACGACGACUGUUAGCACAAAAUUGAUUUUACAUGCAUUUAAUAUAAAUUUAACAUGAAUAAAUAUUAAUCCCGUAGUUUGUUUGAAUAUUUAUCAUAAUAUGAAUAAUUAUUGUUGUGAUUAGUGGCUAAGAUUAUUACCAUAAUAUUUAAUAUUGUGUUUUCAAAAGCCUUCGAGACGGCUAAGUCGGUGUCGGCUGUGCGAGGCGCGCGAAACGAAAUUUGCAAUUUUUGGGUAAUAAAUGGUUUGCACAACCGGAUCCCGACAAAUAAUGCUUUAACUACAUUUAAAUGUUUCAUGUUUAUAAUAGAUUAUUUGUAAAUUAGCGAAGCGCGACACGCGCUCUAUUUCGACGAUCAUGCUAGGUGGUAGGUGUGAAUGCAGCCUAAUUUAACAUGUCCAUAAACAAUGUUGCGUUUAAAAAAAUAAAUAGAAUAGGAAUAAUUUUUGAAAAUGGAAUUAUAUAUUGACAGGGCCGCACAAUGGCGCAAAAGCGCGGCAAUCAAUAUUUUUUUUAAUUGUUUUUCACUGAAAUAGGCUGCAAGGAGAAGUUGUUAACUAUUUACUUAUUAGAUAUUAUACUUAUGUAUUUAUUGUGUCAAAUCUUUCGACUUGUAUUAACGACGUACACCGUCGGCAUAAACUUACAGACUAUAAAAUUUGGCUUUAAAAUAUUGUAUUACUUACAUUACAGCUUUAAGCUAGUCAAUCUAUUCGUUAUCCUUCUAUUAAUUAAUGGACGCACGUCCUAUCCUACAUUACUAUUGUAUACAAUAUAAUUUAUUUAUAUAUGAUAUUUUAACAAUAUUCUGUAGAAAUUUACAAACUUAUUUUAUUAUCUAUGGAUCGAUUUAAUGUUUAGGAACUUGUUUAGCAUGUCAUACGUACUCUGACACUUAAAUGUUUUAAAAAUAUAAUU